AUUUGGCUGAGGAAAACAUGUUGUCCUCGUUUGUCAGUGAAUAGUGUCUGAAUUAAUCUAAUUUCUUUCUGGCUCCUCAAGGGUUUACAUCCCUGCAGGUGUAGAGGAGGGAAAUUGAGACACAAGAGGAGGAGAUAAACAGGAGUAGGAGGGGGGGAAGCUAUCAGACUGAGCAGAUGUCAGCUUGGCUGGUUCAGACUGGCAGCUCAAACCCGCAAUGCUAGCAGGGGGACGGAGGUUUUCUGACCUGGAGAUGUUAGUCGGCAUGGAGGACGAGCAUGUGGACAGCGCCAGGAGCCGAGCUGGGAGCUGCGUGGAGUUUCACAGCCUUAAAAAGAUGAAGACCCUCGCCCAGAGGCGACAGUCGGCUCCCUCGCUGGUCAUCAGCAAAGCACUUACGAGAUCCAGAAGCGCUUCCAGGGAAAGCUGCAUGAUGCCGGUCAGCCCCGAGUCGUGUCCUCUCGUCCAGGCCUUCCUGGCCGAAUGCCUCGGCCGCCUGUUCCUGGGUCACGCCCAGACGCAGCUGAAGACGGGCCUGCAGACCCAGGAGAGACACCUCUUCCUCUUCAACGACGCGCUGCUAGUCGCUAAGGCCAAGUCUCCUACUCAUUUCAAAGUAAAAGCCCAGGUCAGAGUGUGUGAGAUGUGGACGGCGAACUGCAUGGAUGAGGUGUGUGAGGGAAGCACAAACCCAGAGAGGAGCUUCGUCAUGGGAUGGCCCACCUGUAACUUUGUGGCAACUUUCAGCUCUGAAGAGAUCAAGGACAAGUGGUUGUCACUCAUCGUUGGUCGGUUAAACGAAGGAAAAGAGAAGGACGAUCCCAAAACCAUUCCUCUGAAGAUAUUUGCCAAAGACAUUGGAAACUGUGCAUAUGCCAAGACGCUCGCCGUCAACAACAAUGACAGAACCGACGACGUCAUUCGAAUGGCUCUGCAGCAGUUUGGCAUAUCGGGUUGUGUGAAGGAUCACCGCUUGUGGGUCAGUUCCUGUAAAGAUGAUCCUCCAUAUCCUCUCAUUGGCCACGAGUUUCCCUUUAGCAUCAAGAUGAGCCACAUUCGGGAUGGAGGGAGCAGCCCUGGCGGACAAAGAGGAGGGCAAGGGAGGGAGCCCAUGAGUCCGACCGACUGCCCCGAAGUUCUGCUGCUGGACCAGUGCCUUCCCCCAGACACCCAGUGCCAGUUCAUCCUCAAACCCAACAAAGUGGUCCUUGAGCCGCCACAGAUUAUAGAGCCCGGCCACCAGAAGACCUUCAAGAGGAAGCGAUCCCUGAUCAACUGGCCUUUCUGGAGGGGCUCCAGCACCCAGCUGGACAGCCUGCCUCUGUCCCCAUCGCUGCUGUCUCCUAGCCAGGGACGGCUGUUUGGACAGCCUCUGAACUCGGUGUGCUCUUCAGAUCACGGCCUGCCCAAGCCCGUCAUGGAAAUGUUAGUGUUCCUGUAUCAGGAAGGGCCGUACACCAAGGGCGUGUUCAGGCGGUCGGCUGGCGCUAAGGCCUGCAGGGAGCUUCGGGACAGGCUGGACAGCGGGACAGAGGAGCCGGAGAUCACACACCAGUCUGUGUUCGUCAUCGCCGCCGUCCUCAAGGUAACGCCGCCUCUCAGCCCGCACCCAGCUCUCUCACCCGUCCGAUACCAGACAACAGAGGGCAGGUCCGACUGAAGCGCGUCCAAAGUCGCCCGAGUCCAGACGGGCUGGUGUGUGUCGGCGCAGGCGGCCAGGCAGGGAGCCAGGCUCGCUCACAAGGUGCUGCCUUGUUCAGCUUCCAGCCCAAGCAGGAGCAGCUCAGGUGUUUAACUGGCUGCCCCUCAGACUGGAAAAACAAAACAAACCAAUUUAAAAAAGAAUAUAUGAGAUAUUGUCUCGUUUUUCUACAUUUACCUUAAACUAUUUGCAGCGUCUUAAAAAUAUGUCCAUCCCCCUUGAAGUUUU